UGGCCAUACAACUCAGCCAAGAACAGGACGUUGUGGAGUCCCAGAACAGCUUCACCAGGGUUUUUAACUUCUGUAAGCCAUCAUGUCUGAUAAAGUCUAUCAAGGGGUGAGAGUAAAGAUCACCGUCAAGGAGCUGUUACAAAGGCAGAGAGCUCGCCAAGAAGCUAUUAAAACAGUUGCGAAAUCCCAAAACCUGUCAAGUCAUGAAGUUUCUUCACAUACAUCUAUGCCUGACUUUUCUUCAGGGAAGCCGCUUCCAGAAUGCAACCUACCGUCGCGAUCUUUCACAGAAAACAUAUACAACAUGCCGCUGGAGAAUGGAUAUGACAAUCAUCAAAUGAUAAACAUGAUGGCAGCCGAGCAUGUCAACAACAGCGGGUUUUUUCCUCAGAGCUGGUCUCAAGGAUAUUCCCCUUCAAACUUGGACUACUACGGCAACUGCGUGGUUCCGAGCUCCCCAUCAGACUCCUUUAAUCUGCCCAGUCCUGUCGAUUGCAAUAGUUAUUCAUCACCCUACUCAUACUCCUCAUCCUCCUCAUGUUACAACUCCCCGACACGGAUGGACUUGGGCUGCAGUUUCAUCCCUGAUAAUCACCACCCAUACUGCUCACUCCAACAGUGUUACUGUACAUCCCCAUUGUCAGGAUCUCAGGAUGCCAUAUCGCAGGCAGAUUACAAUACUUACGGCAACGCAGAUUGCUGGUACACGUCGGCGCUAGACAAUUGCUAUUUCAAGAGGGAUUCUCUAGACGCUUGUUACUUAUAAUCCUUUCAGAAUCACAGAACAAUCUGUCAAAUGUAUUCAUCUGAAAUUGACGUUGUAUUUUAGGUCUUAAUUAAACCCUUCCCCUCCCUGUUAGAAAAGUGAAUGACUGACGAGUGACUGAUUUUGUAAGUUUACGUGAUGCAAGUUUACAGGUGGCAUUACGUGUACCUUCCUGUGUGUUUUUACAAUAAAAUUAUUUUUCUAAAGA